UUAACGUCUCCACUAAUGGCCGCUUAAAACCCCGGCCUCCAAAAUUAAACCAUGCCACUAAAACAAACCACCACUGUACUUCGCUUGUCUCCGACUUAACCAAAGCCGCUGGUAAGAUAAGAUAUGACUAGCAUGUAUUCAAAAGAAGACGAAGAAGCUCUUUUCCGAAACUACCCUCGAGCCGCACUACCUUACUUUGGUCAGCACCCAGCCCAUGCAAAUAACAAUAAGGACAAACAAGAAGAUCAAGAUCAUGAAAAUGAUGAUGAAGGGGACAAUGCAGACGUGGAAUUGGAUCAUGAUCAGUACAAUUAUGGAUGGGGGAGAUUAUUGUCAAUUGGGUAUCCGGAUUCGGGUGCGGGUUGGAUUGCGAUCCAGAUUAGUUGGAGGGUGGUCGUGAGCAUGGCGGCGGCGUUGCUUGUCUUCUACAUCACUACCAAGCCGCCGCCACCUAAAGUCUCCGUCAAGAUGGUUGGACUUGAGCAAUGGGAGUUGGGAGAGGGAGUGGACGGGAGUGGUGUUAACAGCAAAAUACUAAACUGCAAUGCUUCCAUAAAUUUGGUCAUAGAAAACAAGUCCAACCUCUUUCCUCUUCACAUUCAUCCUCCUCUAUUGCAAAUGUACUUCGGCAGAUUCCUUUUUGCAACAUCUAAGCUUGAUAGGGAAUUAUUCGCGGGGAGCAAUGGUACAACCGUGUUCAAGUUAUGGGUGGGUACGAGGAACAAAGCAAUGUACGCCGCCGGGAGAGCGAUGGAAGACAUGCUGGAUUCCGGUGAGGGGUUGCCCGUGGUGGUGCGGCUGCGGUUUCUUUCGUGGUUCCGAGUGAUGUCGGGCGUCAUCAACGUUAAGUUUCACCACCACUCCGACUGCCUUCUCUUCCUCUCUAAAUCCCCCAACAACAAACGACUAACUCAUCUCUUCAAUACAACUUGCCCUCUUAUCUCCCUUUAAUGAUGAUUGAUGGAGUGAUUACGCCAACAACGUCCAAGCUAAUCGAAGUUAACUAACACAAAUACACACACAUGAUAUUGGAGACACAAUUAGAUCGUCUUCGCUUGAAACAGAACUCCAAAAUGGCAAAAGUCUUGUUUUUAUUCACAAAGAAGACUAUAUGGUGCCAAAACCAUUAGUAUGUUUACAUUAUUUAUGCUUUGUAUAAAUACAUUUAUAAAUAAUGUGUACCACGUAUGUAAUGUGUAAAAGUGGCAUUACUAUGAUGUGUAAAAUUAUACUUCGUACUCCGUAUAUCAUUACGUAUAUAACUGCGUAACCUGUGUUAUUAUUGUACGUAGUAUGUUAUAGAUGAAGAAUAGAUGUCAUUGUUAU